AACUGGCUCUGCAAGUUAUUCUUAUAAUUGUUUUCGAUGUAUACGCUACGUCUCAUCAUAUUUUGCGCCUGCUAUUGCAGCUACGGUAAUGCCAGAAAUUCCGUAUCACAUGUUUCGAAGCUGGAUCCAAAAUGGCGCAAUUGGUGGGAUGCUGUUCGGGCUACGCCUACAUAUCGCCCACACAGCCGGACGGAAAAAAUUGGAGAAGGCAUCAAGUUGCAUGCCAAAGCACUGUAUGAUUCCAAUUUUUUAAACUCCACAAAUAGUACAGUUUUUGAGUCGAAGAACGAAAGUACAGUGAAGUAUGAUGGAAUGAGAAAAGACAAAUUGGAGGAAUAUUUUCGCGCCCUCUUUGAAGAGGUACCACAGUACUUUAACAACCAGUCAAUUAUGAUAAAUAUUACGGUUGAAAACGUCACCCUGAACGAUGAUUUAGUGGCAUAUUAUCCCGAUCAAAAAGAUAUUAUAAAUGCUAGUGAAACACUAAAGAACGUCACGAAAUACGGGGAGUCUCAAGGAGCGUCCAACGAUACUGCAUUUUACCUCUUUACAUGGCCUUCGGCAAAGGGCAACACCAAGACAGUGUUCGACUACAUUGUCAAACCACCUAACCAUAGGCUUGGUGUGUAA